AUGACCCCCGCGGAGAGGCUGCGCAAACACCAGAGAGCGCUGGAGAGGACGCAGAGAGAGCUGGACAGGGAGCGCGUGAAGCUCGAGAACCAGGAGAAGAAGCUGGUGGCAGACAUCAAGAAGAGUGCAAAGAACGGGCAGAUAGCGGCAUGCAAGAUCCAGGCAAAGGACCUUGUCCGGACACGACGGUAUAUACAAAAGUUCUACUCGAUGCGGACACAGUUGCAGGCUAUAUCACUACGGAUUCAGACCGUUCGAAGUAAUGAGCAGAUGGCCCAGUCAAUGAAGGGAGCAACGAUACUGCUGGGAAGCAUGAACAAGCAGAUGAACCUGCCUGCUCUGCAGAGGAUUGCCAUGGAGUUUGAACGAGAGAACGAGAUCAUGGAUCAACGACAGGAGAUGAUGGACGAUGCUGUUGAUGAAGCAACUGGUCUCGAUGACGAAGAAGAAGGAGAAGAGAUUGUCAAGGAGGUAUUGGAUGAGAUUGGUGUUGAUCUCGGGCAGGCGCUCGGAGAGACACCAAGUGGAAUACAAGGCACGGCAGUCAAGGAGGCCCGAGUUGCCCAAGCAGUUGGUGGUGGCGGGAAUACGGAUGACGAGGACUUGCAAGCCAGAUUGGACAGUCUACGCAAGUGA